GGUUUGCAGUCUCUCCCCUCCUGUGUGGGCCAGGAUGAGGGCUCAUUAAGCAGCUGUAGUUUUCAACUGACCUUGCAGAUGGCAAAGCUGUAGUUCCCACUCACUCCUUGCAGUGAGCAGAGCCAGGGGAGCAGCUGCUGCCACCCAGUGAUAUGAAACUGGACUGGCAAGGACACUCCUGAGGAGAAGAGCAUGCUGGAGAGAGAUAUCGCCUAAGGCACAGAGCAACAGUUGAGGGCUAAAUGGAUGAGUUUUCCCUAGGACAGGAGUACGUCUGCACUAACUGAACCAGCGGCUAGGAAAGCAUGGCACGAGUGUGGGCUGCUCUUCAAGCACUCUGGCUGGGGGUGGCGUUCUGGCAGGUUCAAGGUUCAAGGUCCCGUUCUGAGGAGUUUGCACCCUACAUCACUGAUCAUCCAACAGACCUGGUGGUGCAGUGGGACCAGCCUGCCACCCUAAACUGCCGUGCGGAAGGGAAUCCAAAGCCAACAAUAGAGUGGUACCGCAAUGGGGUGUACGUGAAAACAAAUAAAGAUGAGCUUUCUUACCAGCGCAGUCUUCUGCCUGGUGGGUCUCUCUUCUUUUACCGCCUCAACCAGCAGAAAGGCCAGUCAGAUGAAGGAAUAUACAGUUGUGUAGCAAAGAACUACUUGGGUGUAGCCACUAGUAAAAAUGCAUCACUCUACAUUGCUGCUCUGCAGGAUGACUUUCAGCUGCAUCCCAGUGACCUGGUGGUGGCAGUGGGGGAGCAAGUGCGGUUGCAAUGUGCACCUCCAAGGGGACAUCCUGAGCCCACAGUGUCCUGGAAGAAGGAUGGAGUGCCUAUAAACCAGGAGAGCAGUCAUCAUGAAAUCUCCAGUGGGAGGCUCCUGGUAGCUCAUGCCCAAAAAAGUGACUCAGGAGUGUAUGUCUGCGUGGCUUUCAACCAAGCGGGCAAGCGAGAAAGCAAGGUGGCUCUUGUCUCUGUCCUGGAGAAACCAACAUUCACUCAAAGACCCACCGAUGUUGUGGCCAAAUUUGGCAGCAGUGUCCAGUUUACAUGUGGCGUUCAUGGCGACCCACUGCCUAAGGUGUGGUGGCACAAGGAACAUGGGAAGCUGCCCGUGGCCAGGCAUGAGGUAGAUGAGGAGCACACCUUGUGGAUCUAUUAUGUCACAGCACUUGAUUCAGGCAGGUAUAUCUGCACAGCCCAGAACCAGGUGGGAACCACUUUGGCCUGGGCCUCACUCUCUGUGCAAGAGCCUGAUUCUGCAGACACAGGACAGCAUCCUUGUUCAGAGAAGCAGGGAUACGAGCAAGUGGAGAAGAUGGAGAGGGUCCAGAGGUUGCCAACAGACAUGAUAAAGGGGUUGGAAGGAAAGCUGCAUGAGGACAAGUUAAGAGGCCCCCUGGACACAGGCCAGAGGGAGGAUGUCCCACAUGAGCUAUCAGGCAUCUAUCUGCACCUGGAUAAUAGCACAGUGCUCCCUGCCUCCUCUGCUGUCCACCUGCACUGGAAGGUGAUCAGCUCAUCCCAGCACCCUGAGGGUUUCACUGUGCUUUACCGCUCUCUGCAUCCAGUAAAGAUGAACUGGGCUGAAUUGAAGGUACCCAAAGAACACAGCAUCAUCAUCCCAGCACUGCGGAGAGGCUACAAGUAUGAGUUUAAGGUUCGGCCCUACACUGGAAAGGUCCACGGCUUGGACAGCAACAGCAAGCAGCUCUGUAUCCCAGAGGAAGUGCCAAGUGCAGCUCCGCAGCAUGUAACCAUCACAAGAGGCAAUGAUGAGAAUGGCACAGUCGUCAUCAGCUGGGACCCUCCUCCUCAUGACGCACACAAUGGCAUCAUUAAGGGCUACAAGGUCUGGUAUUUGGGGAAUGAAACUCACCAUCACUCUAACAGUACAGUGGAUGGAGGUACACACCGUCUGGAGACAGCUGUCCUGGCUACAGGGAUUAAGUACUGCAUCAAGGUGGCAGCUUUCAAUGGAGCAGGGAUCGGGGUGCCCAGCAACUCCACCUGCAGCAUCAUAGAGCCCCUGCUAGGAAAGAUGACAAAAGCCCCAGAGGUGCUCUCCUUCAUCCACAUCUUGGGUGUAGUCCGACAACCUGCCUUCAUCGCUGGUAUGGGCUCCGUGCUCUGGAUCGUGCUGAUGGUCCUGGCCAUCUACCUGUGCCAGCACCACAGCAGACAGUACAACCAAGGACAGCAGCACGUCUUGGGCAGAGGGAUGUACCGAUAUGGCAGUGAAGAUACCGUCAUUCAGCAAAGGACAAACACCAGUGACUCCCCAUGGCUUUCAGACACCUGGAAAUCCACAUUGUACUCCAAGAACUUCAGUACCUGUAGUAGCCUGAGCAGCCAGCUCCUGUGGGCUGAAACCAAGGACAGGCUGGACUUCCACCACUCUACCAUGUCCUUUGACCACCAGAGCCACAGCUCCCAGCUCCCACUAACACCUGACAACAGUAGUUUGCACAAAGCAGUUUAUGUUGACCUUCCUGCUAGAGACAUGAAAACCUUUCACUGCCCCAUGCUGCCCAGCCUCCUUGAGCCUCAACACAGAAGACCUACUGAACACUGGCCUGUGCCCUGUCUUAACCCAGGCCUCAGUCUAGAGAGCACUUGUGUGAGGGGAGCCAUUAGGAAAGGGCCAUGGCAGCCAGUGAGCUCUGUGCCCUCCCAUCUUGCGCUCCAGGGUCCUUGGAAGAGCUGCAGCAAGUGGGAGCUUCAGCAGGUACACAGCACCCCUUUGCUUCCAUCCAGCUUCUCUGCAUCCUCAAGUGGCCCUGACAGUACAGACUGUCCCAGCGAUAGAGGACAGAGCCUCACAGGCAAAGGGGAGGACACCAAAGUGCUGAAAACCUUCAGCUCUCCCAAGCUGCUGCAGCACAGCCCCUUGCUGAACAUGAAUGGCAUGCUACCCCUUCCCACAGUGCCUCCCGUUCAGCACAGCCCCCGGGAUCAGGGAUCACAGGAAGAGUGCAGCAACUCUCAGGAGGACUUCCUGUCCCAGCAGCCAGAGAGGGGUUCUCUGCCAAGCUCUGAGGACACCCUGGGGGAGAAACUGCCCUACUACCACCUCUCCACAGCUUCACCCUCACUGUCCCUCAGUGAGGACAGAGAUGCUGUGCUGACACCAGACCAGGUGGCUCAGUACCUAGAGCUCAGUGAGGAGGAUGAGUGUCAAAGGCCCCAGCAGGAGAGCACCUCUUCUAUCACAUGUGCCCUCUCCCCCCCGCACACUUAUGGGUACAUCUGUAGCCUGCUGCCUUCAGACCUGGGGGAUGCAGAUCCUGCUGAUGAGAUGGAAGAUGACCCCAGCAUAGAGGGAGGAGACUGCCACACCACGCACUUCUUCCAGCGGUAUUGCCAGACACCCUCCUCCAGCCCCAGUGAGGCUGAAGCUGAGGGCUCCCUGGGUGGCUCCCUGCUCAAUGGCUGGGGCUCAGUCUCAGAGGAGAACUUUACCAGCACACGCUGCAGCCUGGUCAGCUCCUCAGAUGGCUCCUUCCUCAUGGAUGCCAACUUUGCUCAGGCAUUGACUGUGGCAGUGGACAGCUUCUGUUGUGGUCUGAGUCAGCCAGAGGCUGAGCAGGCUUACUCAGACUUCUUGCCACCUACCUCCCUUCUGGAUGGGCUCCUUUACCCCCCUGAGUCCCAAGAGGUCACAGCAAGACUUGGAGCAGAGCCCCUGUCUGUGUGGAGCUGGACCAACAACUGGAUGGAAGACAUGGAAGCCAAAUUUGCCCAGCAGGCCCAGAGGAAACAUACCACUGUGACAGCAGAGGAAGGGAAGGCAGUGCUAGGUGGGACUCAGCUACCCUCUGCCCCCUGGCAUCGGGCAAAUCGUACCCACGUGUCUGAGUCCAGCAGCCCCUGGGAAGGAACAGUCCGUGAGCACCAGGACCCCAGCCCUGCUGCCUGCAGUGACAUGCCAAGCAACUUGGCCAUGCACUGGAAGGGGGAGAAAAGCAGAGUUGUGAUGCUGCCAGUGGACAUGACACAGUCACUGGUCAAGGUGUAAGAGAGCUGUUCUGUUCCAGGCAGGCACCUAUGUAUGCUCUGUCUGUAACUCCACGGAGACUCUGGACAGAGAUGGGAAGUGGGUGAGUUGCAGUUGGCCUAGGGGCUCACUCUUACCUAAUAGCAUUCCCCACUCCAGUCCCUCCUAGAAGGCCUCCUUCCCUGCAAGCUGAACCCCUCAUGAAAAGACUUCAAAGAUUCUCCUGAACUGCAGCACUCCAGUCUCCCAGGCAACUGAUUUUACCAGCUCUUGCCAGAGCCCACAGCUACAAGAGAGGAGCAUUCAGCAUCAGAGGUGGAACAGGCAGGAGCUGGCAGCUCUUGUCAGAGAAGGUCAGAGGCCUCUCCAGAACUCCCUACAGGCCCAGUGGGAUAUCAUACCAUCUUAGUCUAUUGCACAUAUAAUAUCUGGAGUGGGUGGCCUUGUUUUCUCAUUGGAUUCCCUGAUCUCUGGUAGGAAUCCUGCUUCCCUUUCAUUGGCUAGUGUUCCAUGUCUACUGGAUCUAUCUGGGACAUCUAAACAGGAUUCCUCUUCUAGGCUUUGGAUUCUAAAUUGUUGCUCUGGGACCCUGCCUGGAGCAUCCAACAGAAUGGGACUGUCUUAUGCCACAAAAAGAGACCAGUAGUUUGGGAACCCCUCCAGCUGUUGUUGAUUUACAGUGUCCUUCAUGUGCAUGACUUGUUACUCCCAUGGCCCAUACUGGGAGGCCUGCAGAGCUGCUCAUCCAGCUGGUACUCAUGGAGUCCUCCUUUCAAUGCCAAUUUGGUUUGUGAUGGAGUUUGGUUGAAUUGCUGCCUUUGGUGUUAUGUUCUAGAUGCUUUGCAGGGUCAGUCUAUUUGUAGCUUUUCAAGCUUCCUGUAAUGGUUUUCUUGAGGCUUUUACUGAUCUGGCCUGAUUGCCCACUACUAAUAUGUCUAUGCCCUUAUUUCUGUAAAUAAAGAGCUCCUGCUCCAGAGGUGCCAGUCACUGCAUAGUUGCCUGCCUUCCAGGAAUGGUCUCCAGCACAUCUCCAUCAAGCUGCAGGUCUCACUGAGCCUUAUGAGAGAAGUUGGCUCAGAGGUGGAGUCAAAGGGUCAGCUCCUGGCAGCCCUGCAACAACCAGCUCAGGAGAUGCCCUGCCACUCACCUUUUCAGGACCAAGGUCACAGCACUAACCCCAGAUAUACCCCUAACUUCCCCACCAUGAUAGCUCCAGCCCUGCCCCUGCCCCUGCCCUCAGAGGAUGGCCAUGGCAAAGUGGGGAUUCUCACCUGCUGUCACCAAUCCUAAACUAGCCCACGGUCAUUGGCCAGGGCCCAGCACAGUUGCUUUGGCCCCCUGAGGGGCGGUGGGAGCAGAGCCAGAGAGUGAGGUUGUGGUUAUCCUUGUGUAGGGAGGGCAUGGGGGUCUUUGCAUGGCAGAUGCCAGAGGUGCUGCAGAUGGUGCUACUCUUCAUGGGAACCUGCUCCUCAAGCUGGGUCAGGCAGCCCCGUCCAGUGUAGUAACAAACAGAGUUGGCCCUCAGAGCAGAUUCUGCAGGAGAUCGUGGGAAGUAGGCAUGAGGUUCUGAGAGUAGGGGGUGCAAAGUAGGGGGUGUUGGUAGCAGAGGCAAGAGAGGCAGCCCUCUGACCCAGCUGGGAACUCCUACAGGGUCCCAGCUGAGCUGCUGCUUCCCUUUGUCAUCCAGCUGUUGCUCUUAAAGCAGCAGCAGCUGCCGAAGCACUGACUCCACGGGGCGGGGGGUGCGGAAUUCCGGCACACUUAACUUGCAGCUCCUCCUGCCCAUCCUUAGUUAUGCUACUGCUCCUGUCCAGCACACAGAGCAGUUUGAGCUAUGUCCUAGGUUAACUGCUCUGGGUUAAAUCUCUGGCUGACUCUCAGAGAUGGUGCAUUUAGAGCCAUUACUGGGACUUUGUCAAUGUAAAUGAGCUGCCCUGACUUCAUACUGCUGGGCAUCACUGAGUGCUGUAGGGAGCAAGAAAUGCUCCAAAAUCAGCCAUGAAUGUCUUUAGGGCACUGAUGCAAGGAAGAGCUUACUGGUCCACUGCCUGCCACCUCCAACAAGAUGCUGCAGAAAAGGAGUGUCCUUUUGUGGCAGUCUAUCCCACACAGGCCCUGGGCACCACCCAGAUGGGAACCUCUAAUCCCCUAGCAGCACAAAGCCCUUUUAUGGACAGAACAGUUAUUUACUUACACUAUUGACUCUCCUAUGAUAUGGGAUUCCUUCCAAGAGUGUCCUCAUUGAAACUGGGCUCAGGACUUGAACCUGGGAAGCCCAUGUAAGCAUGGUGUGGAGAGCAGCAGGGGAUGCUUAGUUAAUGGUGGAAAGGCAUCUGCACCUGGCCCAGAUCCUAUUCCACUUAAAUUGUUGUAGAUAGCUAAGCCCAUUCUGUCUAUUUCUGUAACAUCAUUAUCUUACCCUUAGGCCUGAAUUACAACAAAGCAGUGAGGAGGCAAGUCAAUGAGUGAUACACUUAUCCAUUGUAUUAAAAUUGUUCAGGGACUUGAGCAAAGUGCAGUAGGAGCUCACUUAGCUGGCUAAGUGCUCUUACACAACUAAUAGGUUGUAUAGGAUCUCAUCCAUAUGUCUUGGUGUCCCUGGAGCCUAGGUGCAGUUCCACAUCCUGGGAAAGGCUGCCAGUAAAGGAGAGGGGGCUGGAGACAUUCAUCAAGGAGCUACAUGUUCCAUUAGAACCAAUAUGGGUUGGGGACAGGAGAAGCUGGUGUAUGGUCCAAGAAAGAAGCUCUCAGGAGUGGCUCAGCAGCCGGGUGGGAUGCCAACACUGCAGGACACAUUUAUUAGGGGGCUGGAACAAGAGGAUGCAAUGGGCCUGCUGGAUCUUCUCAGGUGUGAUCUCUCUGCCUGGCAAGGGGAGCUCAGGAUCAGGAACAUAGGUGUGAGCCUGGCCUUGCCUUUAAGCUCCUUUUCCAAGUGGUCCAAUACAGAAGAGGAAUACAGCAGCAACACUGCUGGAGUCAAAGACAGGGCUGUGGACAUGAUCAGAGCUGCAGCCUCUCCCUCCCAACUUCACAGCUGCCUUCACCUCCCACGCCUGCUGAGCCUUUGCAGGAGCUCAGUGAACUUC